AUGUAUGUGAAAUGGUUUGAUACAGUAAUGUUUUACUAUGAGAUUUUUUAGUGUAUUUACUGAAUGUCACUUUUUUACAUUUUUAAAUUUCCCACCGUUCCGUCCUCUGUACGUCCUGACGUCGCAGGGAACGGAACCCAGAAGACAGAUGCCGGCAUCGGCCAGAGGACAUGGCCAGGGACACUGCAGGGGGGACAUUGGGGGAGAGCGCAGGACAAGGUAAGUGAAGAACAGAUCCCGGAGCAACGCUGCAAGGUAUUCCCGAGUGUAGCUCGGGGUUACUGCUUGUGCUACACUCGGGAAUACCUCCAGGGAGGUUAAGUGAA